AUGUUUUCUAUCCUGAAAAAUCCAACAUUUAAAUUUGUGUCAACCCGUUGUACUGAAAAUUUACUGACAGUUAGCAGAGUUUGUUUUGGACAAUCCUUCAGCAUUUCUAAUAAGAAGGAUGAUGAUUUUCUCAUGAAUCCAGAGACUUUCAUUUUGAGGAAAGCUAAUCCAACUCCGUAUAGUGUUUUUGUGGCUGAAAACAUUAAAAGAGUUCAAAAGGACCAUUCUGACAAAGUCAGAGAAAGAUUGUCAGAGGAGUACAAAUCGCUUGCAAUUGGUGAACUUUUGAAGUAUGAAGAAAAAGCAGAAAAACUUAAAAAAGACCAGGAGAGAUAUCGAAAAAUGGUAGAAGAUCUUCCACUUGAAGCUAAAGAUGAAUUACUUUUAAAUGCGCUAGAGAAAAUGGAGAAGAAAAUAAAAACAAAAACUUUGAAAAAGACAAAUAAACCCUCUCUGAAGCGUUUUAAUGUACUCAGUUUGGUCACCUUAACAGAAGAAGAUCUUCAAACCUUUUCUACUAAAGAGGGAGAACAUAAAGGACUUAAAAAAAUUGCAAUCCGUCAAGAGAAAUGGAAGACUUUGACAGAGGAUGAGAGAGAUAGACUCAGUCAAGAAGCUAAUAGAAUAAGAGAAGAAGAUAAAUUAUCAUACUUAGAUGAACUUUCAAAAUGGAUGUUGUCUUUGAUUGAAAACAAGGAUUUUGAUGAAAUUUUCCCCAUUUUAGAAUUAAAGGAAGUGAAAAUGGUUCUUGAUCAUUUAGCUGGAAUUAAACCCACAAAAGCUAGAUCUGCAAGGAAUCUUUUCUUGUCAUCAGAUUUGGGAAAAGAACUAGGGGUAACAGUUAAAAAUCAGUCAGAAUUAUACAACAAGCUUUCAAGAGAACAAAAGGGGACAUUUGAAGAAAUGGCCAAGAAGGAAAAGGAAAGAGCUGAAAAAGAAAGACUGCAGUGGCAAAAUAUGUUGGAACAAAAAGGAUAUACAAGGCUUAUUCAAGUUUGGAAGGAACUGUGUGUGAUGCAUGGAAAGAAGAGUAAUGUGCAUAGUUAA